AUGUCGAACAACCGCAACUAUGACUUCCUGAUCAAGCUCCUCCUCAUCGGCGACUCAGGCGUAGGCAAGUCGUGCUGCCUGCUGCGCUUCAGCGAGGACUCGUUCACGCCGUCCUUCAUCACGACCAUUGGCAUCGACUUCAAGAUCCGGACGAUCGAGCUCGAUGGCAAGCGGGUCAAACUGCAGAUCUGGGAUACGGCCGGCCAGGAGAGGUUCCGCACCAUCACCACCGCUUACUACCGCGGCGCCAUGGGCAUCCUGCUGGUAUACGACGUCACGGAUGAGAGGUCAUUCAACAGUAUAAGGGCUGACGUGGAUCUCACCCUCCGCAAACCAGAUAUCCGGACCUGGUUCGCAAACGUAGAACAACACGCCACCGAGGGCGUCAACAAGAUCCUGAUCGGCAACAAGUGCGACUGGGAGGAGAAGCGGGUGGUCUCGACGGAGCGGGGUCAGGAGCUGGCGGACGAGCUCGGCAUACCCUUUCUCGAGGUGUCUGCCAAGAGCAACAUCAACAUCGACAAGGCCUUCUACAGCCUCGCGGCGGACAUCAAGAAGCGCAUCAUCGACACCUCAAAGACGGAGCAGACGGCCACCUCGGGCGUCAACGUGGCCGGCCAGGGCGAGGGCUCAGGGAUCAUGGGCGGCAAGUGCUGCUAG